AUGCCGUCGCUUGUGGUGAAUAGAGGGCGUCCUCUCCUAACUGAACAGUCGCUAAAUGCUAAUACUACCCUAGGCGCCGAUUUAGUACGGGAGAUAUGGCAACGUGCAGCAACGGAUCCCAAGGACAAAUCCCAUGGAGUGCAGUCGGUACUCCGUAAGCUUGGCGUCCAAGUCGUCGAUCCGACUCCAGGGAUGCACUUCCACGACCUCUAUAGAAAACCUUUCGUAGCACUUCUGCGAUGGACAAAUGAUUCAAAGAUUUUAUUGUGUGCAUCGGGGCCCAAGCUAGCUGAUCAACCUUCUUGGGUCCCAGACUGGAACUCUGGGAAAAGGCAGCAAUGGUUCAACUCGAAAUAUGCCGACAUUGGAAACGAUUAUACUGAUGCAAUGCAACUCCCAUCUGAGUUGUUCGACAUGAGUCUUUUAGGUCAGCGAGGAUAUGCCAGUACCAAAACUUCGGGUUUAUGUCAUAUCAACGAGGACCUCAUGGUCUUAUAUAUUAAAGGGGUUGUGAUUGGGACAAUCCUUUGGGCGAGUGAUAGUUUCAAAGAAACCGCCAAUGAACAUCCCUCCAUAGCGGAUGACACUCACUUACGGAAUAUUUCCAUCUUCCGAGAUUUCUAUACGUGCCCAAGCCAGUCAUCAUCAGUACCACCCGGGACACUUUUCAGAACCUUUAACGGAAGUAACUCAUCACUAUUUUGGACAAUACAGACGAUGAGUAGUCUCCCUCCAAAUGUGAUUCUAUCGACAUUAAAAAAAGAGAAGGGUUCUGGGCAAACCUCUACGGACCUUGCCCACAAACCAGGUACCCAGGUUGGAGAUAUUCUCAUUAUCCUUGAGGGAGUCAAUGUAGACUGGUAG